GCUGUCAAUCAUCGGUGUACCAAUUUGAUUGGUCGAGAGGCUAAUACACAAACUGAAUCAGCUUUACGGUAAGCAGGACGGAGAGCGUUCCAGAAAAUAUCAGCGAAAACGGAAUAAGUGUUAUUUUGCUGUGAAUUUCCAGGAACUGAAGAUGAUCGAGGUGGUUUGCAACGAUCGCCUGGGCAAGAAAGUCCGGGUCAAGUGCAACUCUGAGGAUACUAUUGGAGAUCUGAAGAAGCUCAUUGCUGCCCAGACAGGAACACGGCACGACAAGAUUGUAUUAAAGAAGUGGUAUACCAUAUUCAAGGACCACGUGUCUCUGGGUGACUAUGAAAUCCAUGAUGGGAUGAACCUGGAGUUGUACUACCAGUAGACCAGAGGUCCACACGAACCCACAGAGAUGGAAUUGCUGGAAUCUGUUGCAGUAAACCACCAUGAUCAGACAACACAACUGAAAGAGAGAAGGGGCGAUAUCUAUAGAUUUGGAAAACACACAGACAUUACAUUGAUCUCAGUUUUAGCUUAUCAUUUUUUUGCUGACAAAUUAUUAUGUGAAAGACAUGUUGUUGCUCUACAUUUUUUGUUUUGAUAUUUUGGAAUUAAAGCAGAUAUUUACUAAACUACA